AUGUCUAACUUUACCACCACUGUGACUGAAUUUCUUCUUAUGGGGUUUUCUGACACCCGUGAGCUGCAGAUUCUAUAUUCUUUGCUUUUCUUUCUCAUUUACUCAGCAGGCUUGAUGGGGAAUCUCCUCAUUGUCAUUGUCACCACCUUUGACAGGAGACUUCAUACCCCCAUGUACUUUUUCCUUAGGAAUUUGUCCAUUGUGGAUGCCUGCUUCAUAUCAAUAACAAUUCCCCAAGCUUCUGUUAACUGCCUGGUGAACAACAGAGCUAUCUCAGUUACUGGAUGUGCAACUCAGGUAUUCCUCAUGGUAUUUAUUUCAUAUGUUGAGUUUACUUUGCUCACUGUGAUGGCCUGUGAUCGUUAUGUUGCCAUAUGCCACCCACUUCUCUAUCCAGUGAUCAUGAGUCCCCAAGUCUGUGUGCACAUGACUGUAACAUGCUUAUUCACUGGGCUUUUGUUUGCAGGGUUCCAUACUGGUUACACAUUUCGAUUGUCUUUCUGCCAAUCUAAUGUCAUUCAUCAGUUCUUCUGUGAUAUCCCCUCUCUACUCAAGAUCUCUUGCUCAGAGACAUUCAGCAAUAUGUUAUCUUUGCUUGCUUCUGCUUUGGCGAUUGGGGGUGGCUGCUUUGUCUUCAUCACGGCAUCUUAUAUUAACAUAUUUUCCACUGUGCUCAAAUUUCCAGUGAAAGAAGACCAAAGAAAAGCCUUCUCUACUUGUAUUCCCCACAUCAUUGUGGUUUCCUUGUUCCUUAUUUCAUCCUCUUAUGUUCAUCUACAACCACCUUCAGAUUCUGGAUCCACUAAAGAUAUAAUCCUUUCCAUAUUCUAUUGUAUAGUAGCUCCCUUUCUGAACCCUAUUAUAUAUAGUCUACGGAAUAAGCAGAUAAAAGAGGCUUUAAGAAUAAUAAUUAAGAGAAAGCUUUCUUUAAAGGAAUAA